GAACUUCCGGUUGAAGCUGCUUCCGCUUCCGGUGUAAUUCAGGAAUCCACCGUCUUCCUUUGGAUCCGGCCCGCAGCAGAAAGUGAAGGUGAUGGCACUGGUCAGCAGGAAGGCUACUCGCUCCAGGGAAGAGCUGAUGCUGACAGCAGAGCAGGGAGAAGGUUCGGAGAUGGCAGAUCGUAGCUGGGUGGAAGCAGCGGUGAAGACGCGACAUGAGACAGGCGAUCCGGAGAGUGGACCAGCAGAUAGUGAGAGCUCUGACCCAGAUGGUGGGAGCAGUCCCACGGGGAGUGAUGACUCAGACACCAGCACUUCAGUCGAAGAUGAUCAGGCGACUCACUCCAUGAAGCAAGAACUUUCCACACUCUCCUUCGAGGAGCUUCAAGAGCUGCAGAGAAAAGUCGGUCUCAAAGUUUACAACCAGGUGGCACACGGCACAGGGACAGGGGCAAAGGGAGAGAAACGGAACCGGCCCAACAAGAACAGGCCCAUCGAGAUGUCGACCAAACAGCCUGUGCCAUAUCUGCGCAAGGUGAUCCCUGUGAAGAAACGGCUGGUGAGAGACCCUCGGUUUGAUGACCUGUCCGGGGAGUACAAGCCUGAUAUCUACGAUAACACCUACUCUUUCCUCAAUGAUGUCAGGAACAAGGAGAAACAGGUUAUUCUGAAGAAGUUGAAAAAGGCCAAGAACCAAAACCUGAGGGAGAAAUUAGAGAGUUUACUCCAGAGGAUGACACAACAGGAUGAGGCGCAGAACAAGAGGCAGCAGCAGAGAGAGCGACUGAAGGAGUUCAAGCAGAAGCAGAGGGAGAGAGUGCAGCAGGGCCACAAGCCCUACUACCUCAAGAAAUCUCUUCUACAAAACCAUGCACGAAGACAUGGCUUUUCGGUGGAUUCCCUCAUCUUUGAAUUUCACGUACAGCCCUUCAGGAAGCAAAACGAGAAUUUCUCAAAUAUCUCAAAACUCAAAUCAAGUAUCUGGCUGCAAGCCUUCAUGUGGAUCCUGACUGGUCCAGGUUUUGAUUUGUUUUGCACAGACUGGUGGCGUAUCAAAAAAGUCUAA